GAGUCGAGAAGUGUUAAAAAUGUUUAGAGACAAGAAUCAACAGCAACUUUCUGAACUAUUUAGACAUCAUCAACGUAAUUGUUCUUGCUCUUCUACAGGCCCUCCUUGUCCACAUGGAAAUGGUGAAAGUCAAGAAACUUUAGCACAAACAUUGCAGCGAUUAACACUUAGACAUGAUGAAAAAACACGAAUUCGAAUGUUUGGGCAACAAGCUCCGCCUGCAACUAUUUUUGACAUAAAAUUCCCUUCCUCGUUUGAAUUUUAA